AUUGAAGACCAAGAAUUAUUUCUCGGCGAUAAAAAGCUCGAAAAUAAUCAAAAAGUAAGAGGUUAUAAAAUUAAUUUGGAUGAAAAUAUCAAGCUCGUUAAAAAGGCCGAAGGUUCCAUACAAGUGUUCAUUAAGGAUCUUGAUGGCAAAUCAACAGCUAUUAUCAUCAAACCAAUUAGUACCGUACUUGAAUUGAAACAAAACUAUGAUAAGAUUCCAAUAGAAGCUCAAAGGUUAUUAUUUCAAGGCAAACAGUUAGAAGAUAAUAAAAAACUGUCAGAUUACGGAAUUGUACACGAUUCAAAUAUUAUUCUUGUUACAAGAUUACCCGGAGGCCUUUGA